AUGCCUCUUUGCGGCGGUUCCACCAAGACAAUCCAGCGUAAGAUCGUCAUUCUCGGCGACGGUGCGUGUGGUAAAACUUCGCUUUUGAAUGUCUUCACCAGAGGCUAUUUUCCACAGGUAUACGAGCCUACCGUGUUUGAAAACUAUGUCCAUGAUAUCUUCAUUGACGGCCAGCAAGUCCAGCUAUCGCUCUGGGAUACUGCGGGCCAGGAGGAGUUUGACCGUUUAAGAGCAUUAUCGUAUGCUGAUACACAUUGCAUUAUGUUGUGUUUCUCUAUAGACUCUCAGGACUCGUUGGAGAAUGUCCAGCUGAAAUGGGUCGGUGAGAUUGCCGACCACUGUGAAGGCGUCAAGCUAGUGCUUGUGGCUUUAAAGUGUGACUUGCGAAACCAUGAAGAGGACCAGGCUGAAGAGGAUGUGUACCAGUCGCAGAGUCCGUAUAAUCAGAACAAACGCUUGAUUUCGUAUGACGAGGGCCUUAGCGUGGCCAAGAAGGUCGGUGCGUUGCGGUACUUGGAGUGUUCGGCAAAGAAAAACAGAGGAGUGAACGAAGCCUUUUCCGAGGCUGCCAGAUGUGCUCUCAACGCUAGACCAAAGGGAGCUAACGAUAACGAGCCCGAGAAGAAGGGCUGUGUAAUUAUGUGA